CUUCAGAAAUACAGAGUCAAAAGACUAAACAAAUUCUAUUUUUGUUUGAUUACAAAAUGAUUUUAACUUAAAAGUAUGAAAAAGUGAAAGUUCACAGCAAGAUUAUGUUACCAUCUUCGGGAAGUGAUGUCAGAUAAGCCAAAAAGCAGGAUAGUUUUGUCUUGAAUUACCAGAAGGUUGAGGUGUAGUGCUCAGAAUGUGGAGAUUCCAAAGAAAUAGGAAGAUAUGCUUCUUCCUCACAAUGCUCUGUCUCAUUGUUCUGGUGUACUGUGUGGGAUCGCUCAUCGAGAGCUCUUCCAGGAUGCUCACACUGCAGAACCAGGCGAAGGUGCGGAAGCUAAGGGAGAAGAGUCGCGUGAUUGUGGGCCACUACAUUGGCCCAGGAAUCAUGGGCAAUCUCUCCAAGAACGACUUGAACUCAAACAACUUCUCUCCGAUUCCCGGAGAGGGUGAAAAUGGGAAGCCAGUGGCAAUUCCGGUGAAGGACAUGGUGCGAAUGCAGCAGAGUUUCCAGAUAAACCGCUUCAAUCUGCUGGCCAGUGAUAGGAUCUCUCUGAAUCGGACGCUUCCGGACGUGAGGCGGAUAAGAUGCAUUGAGAGGCAAUAUGGCAAGAAGUUGCCCAGCACUUCUGUGAUAGUAGUCUUUCACAACGAAGCGUGGUCAGUGCUUUUGCGGACUGUGUGGAGUGUCAUCACGAGAAGUCCCAGGCAAUUCCUCAAAGAGAUUAUCCUUGUGGACGAUGCGAGUGAGAGAAGUUUUUUGGACAAACCUCUGGAGGAAUAUGUGUCUGAACUUCCAGUAGUGACUAAAGUUUUCCGACUGCGCGAGCGAGAAGGUCUGGUUGCGGCUCGACUCCUUGGGGCUGAGCACGCUAGAGGCGAUGUCUUGGUCUUCCUGGACGCGCACUGUGAGUGCUCGCCUGGCUGGCUGGAGCCAUUGCUGGCUGAAAUCCAGAAGAAUCGGCGGAAGGUCGCGUGUCCUGUGAUUGACAUCAUCAGCGACGACAACUUCAGCUAUGUGAAGAGCUUUGAGCUGCACUGGGGAGCUUUCAAUUGGCAAUUGCAUUUCCGGUGGUUCGCGUUGGAAAGCAGUGAAUUGCUGAAGAGGCGAAAUGACAUCACGACACCCUUCAGAACACCAGCCAUGGCCGGCGGACUGUUUGCCAUUGAUCGCGAGUAUUUCUACGAAAUUGGCGCCUACGACAGAGCCAUGAAGAUUUGGGGCGGCGAAAAUAUGGAGCUGUCCUUUCGUGUGUGGCAGUGCGGCGGGGAAAUCGAAAUUGUGCCCUGUUCUCACGUGGGUCACCUCUUCAGGAAGAGUUCGCCGUACACAUUUCCCGGUGGAGUGAACGAAAUUCUAAACAAAAACCUGGCGCGAGUGGCUCUAGUUUGGAUGGACGAGUGGUCGGAAUUUUUCUUCAAAUUCAACUCUGUGGCUUCGAGAAUUCGCAAAUUUGAGAACGUGACUGAUCGCGUGGCUCUUCGCAAGUCUCUGGACUGCAAGGAUUUCAAGUGGUAUUUGACAGAAGUAUGGCCACAGCACUUCUUCCCCACCGACGACAGAUUGUUCGGCAGAAUAGUGCAAAUCUCGACCAGCAGCCGCGUGUAUGAAUCGUACAAGACUCUCGUGGUGGACAGCGGAGGCAAUUGGGUGAAUUUAAUACGAUUGAUAAAUAACAAUGCUGACAAAUUGCACAACUUCCUAGACGGAGAUUACACAAAUGCGCUGUGCUUAAUGCGCUCCGCAUCUAAUGGUAUUUUUAACCAAUUCGGCCGGGCAACACUUGAGCUUUGCAAAACAGCACAGAAUUCACUCACGCAAAUGUUUGUGGUGACUAAAGAGGGUAAGAUAAUGACAGAUGAAAAUUUAUGCCUUGAUGCCUCGGAGAAAGCUGCAGAAUCGAGCAGCAACUCGACAAUGGCAAGACUUAUAACGUGCUCAGACACCGUACGCCAAUCGUGGCUUUAUGAUCCUGCCAAGCUCAAGAUAAUACACAAGGUAUCGAAUUUUUGCCUGCACGGCGCUAAAAGCAGAGACGAGGGUGUGCAUGUUGAGGUGUUUAUUGAGAAAUGCAGCCAACAAGUCGAUCAAUCGUGGAUUUUUAUGCCACAUCCGUGGAAGUAACUCUAUAUGUGAUAAGGAAUUCCUGAAAUGUAACAAACUGCUUGAGAUGCUUUGCUGUCUUGCUCAACUUUCUAAAAGGUAUCGAAAUUUUUUAGUGCUAAUUUUUCGUGCAUUUCUAAAUGCUUGAUCUCAAUGCUUAAGCGUAUUAAACUCAUUUUAGGGCAUUUCUUAACACCUCGCUUUCUUUUCACUCUAACAAAUUCACUAAUAUCUAAUUGUGAACUGAUUAAAACCAUUCGAAUUUUAUACGAGGCUUUUUGAGUUGAAGACAGCAAAAAAAAACAUCUCGAUGUCGUUGAAUUUCAAAAGUAAUCGAAUAAAAGGCCUGAAAGUAGGCAAAAUGUACGCUUUAAAACUGAAUACAUUUCAUAUCGAAUAUUAUUAUUCCAUUUUAUAAAGCAUAUUAUUACAUUCAGAAAUCAUAGCGAUAAGAAAGAAAAACGAGAGACUUCAAUUUAUAAAAAUUUAUUACAUAGAAAUUGGUCAUGAUUUCUUUUCUAUAAACAAAAAAUAAUAGUGCUCGCUUUCUAUGUGGAAAAUGGUAACAAUAUUAAAAUUGUAAUUCUACACGAAAUUAUUAAAUGCUAUAUUUAUACUAUUACAAAUCAAUAUAUUAAUUUUCUAAUUAAGAAGAAAAAAAUUCUCUUUUAUUUUUAUGUUACAAUUGUUGUAAUUACAGGUUAUGUAGAAGAGUUUUCUUAUGGUACAAUUUUGAAAAAAAGAAAAGGAAGAAAAACAAUCUCAUUUCAGUUAUCAUUCUAUUUUGUGAAUUAUUUCAGGGUGCUUCAGAUUGUGGAAAGGCUUGCCUCUUAUUGAAACGCGACAGCUGUGUGAUAAAUGCAGAAGAUUUUCUAUAACAAAUUCACUGAAGACGCAAUAAAAUGGUACAUUUCUAUGCAAUUCACUAAAAUCUUGCAGAACAUUUGUAUAUCUUUCUCAUGAUGUUUCCAGUCUCUUGCAAUUUUAUGCAAAUACUAUUCAAUUUGCAGGAAUGGAAACUGGAGCAAAAUUUGCUUGUGAUAAGCGUAGACCUUCACUCAUUGUUUUUUCCCCCGAUAAAAUCUAUCUUGUUAGGCAGUGAAAAUAGGUGAAGGAGAUUCACGGUAACUUGAGUCAGGAUAAUCCACAUUUUUCAUUGUUCUACUGAAUUGGGAAAAAAUUCAAUAUUUUUGUCAGCAUCCAAAGCGGGAAAAAAAUGACUUUGGUAUGAAAUAAUUCCAAAAAGAGUAUUCUGUUCACUUCUAUCAAAUCCUAUUCGUCUUUUGGAUCUAUAUUCUAACACUUACAAACUCUAUUCACAGUACUUACAAAAGAUCUAUUUACACUUUCUACUCAACGCCAUAGACUAAUCGACAUUUUAGCAAGUAUCAGCUUCUCGAAUUUUCUCGUGAACAUUUUUUUGUCGUAAACACAGUCAAAUUCCUCACUGAAAAUCACUGAAACUAUAGCAUUUAAUUUACACGACAUAAUUACAAUAACACUAAGUAGGAAUGUUUCAUUUAACUUCUUACUAAAUCAAGUUUUUACAAUCAAUAAUACAUUUUUCUCAUUACAAAUAACUCUAGUAUUGUACGUUCGUUGAUUUUCACUUCGUCCUUUUUGCACUAAUAAGCUAGAGAAACAAUAUGUAAAA